AUGUUUAGUCAGCAUCUGAAACGUGAACGUAGGGAGGCGAGCAUCAGUGCCUCCCUGGUUACUAGACUACAGGAAGCAGUGCAAAGUGUCCUACAGCCUGGGGGUGCUGAUUGUAAUUAUGGUGUGCAAAAUACUGUUAGUGGAGCUCUUGGACCAAUUAUUGGGCAUUCAGACAAUACAAAUGCCCUGUGUAAUGUGUUAGAAGCAAUAUUUAUUCAUGGUUUACGUGAUUCCUUGGGGGAACGAAUGUCGUCUUUCCUAGGCUCUGAUCCUGACCGAAUGCCUGUCCCUAACUUCUGGCCAGUUGUGCUGAUCAUAAGUCACAGAGAUCUCAUAGAGCAAGUUAGUGAGCUGUCAUUCAUCAGUAGUGAAGUGGGAAGGAGUCGAGCAUGGGUACGUCUGGCUAUUAAUCAGGGUCAGAUCUGUAGCUACCUCAGCGUGCUGCUCCAUGACUCUCGCACUUUAAAGGACUACUACAGGAGAACUGCAUUUUUGCGAGAUGCAGAGCGGUCAGAUAUCAUGCUGCGAGUUCUUCAGCCAGUAUCUGCAUUGACAUUCAAUCUGGCUACCAAUGCUGCUGUCCUUAACACUUGGACACAAACUCCAUUGGUACUAGCUGGACUCUGGGCUCCAAGUGUACAGGUUGUAGUGUCAGACCCUGUUUUGGCAGCAACUGAUGUUGCCAGCACAGUUUAUGAUGAACAUUCUACAUAUAUGAACAGUACUAGCAUUUGUGAAACACCAAUAAGUGAUCAGAUGUUUGAUAUGAUUAUUGGAGGAACACCAGAAACAAGCUUCAUAAAUGACUACAUGGAAAAGCACAAAAAAGUGGACUCAGCAGACUCUGAAGGUAUCCCUAGACCCAGUGAAAUUAAGGCUAAUAAUGCAGAGGAAGUGAAUAACGAUAAGGAUAACUUUACUGCACCUUGUAAAGAAGAAUCAGAUUUGGAUGACCAUAGUAAAUCAGAAACCAAUUUGGAUGAUAGUAUAUUGCCAAAUCAGAAAAAUCAGUUUGAAAAUUCAUUGACAAAUGCAUUAAGUAACAGAGUGUAUAUGAGGGAAUGGAGCGAUGACUCCUUCUCUCGUAGCAUGAAUGAAGAAGCUCCAGAAUACAAACGACUUUUCUCAGACUUUGGUUCAGAUGUUCCUUUCUCUAUUGUGCCUGGGUUAGCAGUAGUUGAGGUAGAUCAGUUGUCACCAACCACUUCAUCACCGAGUGGUGCAGUAUCAAAUGAGUCUUCACUCUCUGAAUUUGCUGAAAAGUUGAAUUAUGAAAUUCUCCCACAACAGUUACCCAGUCAAGAGGAUACCAGUCGUCUUCUACCUCUGCUGACACGACUCACAAGUGAGGAAGGUCUCGACUCCCAACAGUAUCAGUGCCAUCAGUGUAAAUCAUAUGUCGGAAUGAUUUAUGGUAAACCAAGAGUGUGCAAUUAUGACUCGAGAUAUUACUGCUAUGAGUGCCAUGAGGAUGAGACGGCAUUGAUUCCUGCUCGCAUUUUGCAUAACUGGGAUUUUAGUGCACAUCCUGUGUGCACGGCCAAUGCUCGCUGGUUAGCUGCCAUCCAUCAUCAACCAUUGAUUGAUCUACGCACACUCAACCCUAAACUCUAUUGUCAUGUGGAGGAUUUAGCUGAAAUGCAGAUGCUACGUACUCAGCUGUUGUAUGUGCGAGCGUACUUGUUCACCUGUAGAUCAGGUGUUGGGGAACAACUACGGAAGAUGCUCUGGCCAAGAGAACAUAUGUAUGAACAUGUUCAUCUCUACUCAGUUGCUGACUUACAACUGGUGGCUAGUGGUCAACUUGUGCCUAGAGUAAGGCAAGCCGUCACUUUCGGACGUGAGCACAUAAGCCAGUGUGAGGUUUGCUCUCCCCGAGGCUUCAUUUGUGAGCUGUGUUCGGAUACAGAAAUCAUCUAUCCAUUCCAGCUUGGCAAUACAUACACAUGUGCUGUGUGCUAUGGGGUGUACCAUGCCGUGUGCGCUCGAGGACGGAGGAAGUGUCCUCGCUGUGUUAGAAGAGCAGCCAGGGCAGAGUGACCAGAGCCAAGAUAACACUUCAAAUUCCUUUGCAUGUGAGAGGAGUAAUAUUGGAGAAAAGAUUUCAGAGAAGUAGCCAUGAGGAGGUUGAAGGUAACUCGAACUUGACAUUGCUUGCGAAGAAAAAAACAUUAAAAAAUAAAUUUUUAUGGUUUAGGACAUUCCAAGUAAACUCGAAUAUAUUAACUACAAGUGCUUAAAUUUUACAGCUCCAAUAUAUUUGAAUGGGCAGGCUACUAGUUUAUUAUCAAAUGUUAAACCAAGCAUAGCUAAGUUAAUGUCACCAGGAUGUUUGAGUUGAAAAUCACACAAGAUUUCUAUGACAUUGAUUAAUAUUUAGGUGAUAAUUUUCAAUCGUUUAACAUGACUGCUUAUUUAUCUCAAAGGCUAUAGAUCGUUCAGUACUGAAACGUUUUCAGAGUUACAAGUAUAGCACUUGCAAAUGGAACCAAGGUACUUGGCUAAGAAAACACUGUUUACUCAUCAAACAUAGUUAUUAUUUAUACACAAACCAAUUUACAUAAUUCUUUAUACAUUACAGGCAGCAUUUGUCACAUGUUCUUCAGAAUAGUACACUUUCAUUGGAAGAAGCAGGGGUACAACAGUAUCAUGACAAAUUAAGAUAAAAUUAGUAUGGUCAGACACAAGGUGAUGCCAUUCUUGGCCACUACAGUUAAUCUAUUAGCAUAAAUAUUUUUCAUGUAGUUGAUUUUGAUAGGUAUGGGUACACUUAAAUUUAGAAUAAUUGUAUGUAAUGGCAAAGACUACUGGUUUCGUAGCCUUAAGUUAGUUUUUAAUUUAUAUGUUAGUAAUUAAAAAUUUGAACAUAUUAAAUAUUAGUGUACUGAAUUGUGUAAUUUUUAAUUCAAAACAGAUACUUGUAUGUACACCCUGCGAAUUUGCUUAAUAUCUAAGAAAAUAUCGCAUAUAUUAUAAAUGGUCAAUACAAUCGGGCAUUCAACAAAAAUAUUUCACAAUAUUUUAGGCAUUACACAAAACUGCCAUAUUACAUCAACUUUCUCAGGAGAAAUCAGAGUACAGCUCCACAUGUUGGUGUAACAUCUCUGACAGAUCCUGUGUUCAUACAUCCCUAAGUCACCCUGCACAUAGAGCAUACUGGAUGCCUGCUUGUUCCACUAAUAUUACACAUAUAAAACAGCUCCACCUAGCAUUAUAGACUAGAGUGAAAGUUCUACCUAGUCAGUCCUAUAUCAUUAGUGCUCAUAGCUCAGUACGACGUAAAAGGCCGGUCAGGUCUUCCAGAGUCGAAUACUGUAUGUGGCUAUCUCAGAGCCCAUUAAUUUUGAAAUUUUUUCAGUUUUGCUAUUUAUUCAUUUUGUAAUGUGAUGCUACUUACAAUCUUUUGACAACUUUAUCUGUAAUAGAGAUAUGUGAAUUGUACAAUAUUAUAAACAUUGCUUGUUGGACAGGGCAGGCAUGUUGAAUUAUAUAGAACAAAAACAUUUCACAUUUUAUUACAUUUUUUAUUAGUUCAUGCUCAUAAUUACUGUAUAUACAAACUGUAAGUCAUAUUUUAACUGUACAAUAGUAUAGGGCAAAUAUGGAAAAGCAACUUAAAUUGCCAGUUAUCCUCAUCAAAGAUUGUGUUUAAAAGAAUUAAUUAUUUAAAAACAGUCUUUAACAAGCAUUUAGGAAGAUUUAAAAAAGUUUUCAUAUACAUGUAUAUAUUUGUGUAUAUGCAAAUUGUGAUAAAUUUAAAUGGUUAAAAUCGUUAUUAACUGUCUGUCAAUAGCUCAAAGUUCUUACUCAUUUAUUUUCUGACAUUUUAAAUUUUUUUUUUUUUAGAGAACAUGUAUGUGAGAUUACCUCUUUGUAGUUACAGAAGCUAAACUGAACUCCUGGUGUCUCAUCUUUAGUAUGUACAUUGUAAUUUUUGAAAAUUUACCAUUGUAGCUCAUUACAUUGUUCUGCUUCUCUUCAAAAACUUCCUUUUUUUUUUUUUUUUGGUCAAUUCUUUUAUAUUAUUUUAUAAUCCUGAAUGUGUUUAUCUUGCCUCAUUCUCUUCUGUCAGUAAAGAUGGUAUAUCCAGUUUUUAACUUUGGGAGUAGUUUUGUGGAAAAUCUUUAGACUUCAUUUAAAGUGUUUUUUGUGUGUGGACACCAUAAUAGCAUUGCAUAUUUCAAUUUUGGUGUAAUAUAUGUAGUGGCAGAUUAAGAGCAAAAGGGUCCUGGAGGAACACACAUACCUUGUACAUGUAUAUGCAAUAGAUUUAUCCAUUAAUAUCGUAUGCUUACAAUUACUCAGUGAUGGAUAAGAUAUAUAAAUUUGGAGAAAAGACGCUUUCUCCAUUGAAGCAAUUAUGUGAAAUGAAGCUCCAUUUCACAUAAAAACUGCUCCUUUAGCUAAUUUGCCACUAAGUAUGUUGUGAGCAGUUUUUUAAUUCAUCCACAUCUCUAAGUAGCAUUCAAAACUAAGGGUUCCUCACUAUUUAGUUUGUAAUUUCCUGGUGACAGUUGUCAUUGAUGACUCCUAGGUCCUUUUAAUACCUUUAGUGUUCUGUUACACAGUUUAUAUUGUGUGUGUGUCUGGCAUGUUUCACAUUAACUUGCUUCCAUUAUAUAACAUUAGAUUUCAUCAUCUUGAUCCACUUAAUUAGUUUAAUCUUCCUGUAAUCAUACACAGUUGCUUAUCUUGUAUAAGGUUGUGCAUUAUCAACAAAUAUAUUCAUGUACCAUUGUUCAUAAUUCCCUGCCACCUCCCUUGAGCAUAAGACCAAGGCUAGUAAUCAAAAUGUAGCAAGUUUUCUGUAUGUUAUAUCACUUGGCUUCUCCAGUUUAUUCCACUUUCCUAGUGCCUUCGAGACAAAGCACUUUUGGACAUCCUGUGAUUGUGUGUUUUAUUGGCCAUAUUAAUUCCCAGGUAUCUUGUAAAUGAUCAGGUCUUCCAUUGUCUUUAUUAUGGGAUUGUCAGUUUCUCCUAAUAAUGUACCCCUCUUAGUUCUGGGACUAAUACAGAUACAAAAUUUUGCAUCUCUCAAAGCUUUUGAGCAUGUUUAAUCAGGUGGGGGACUCCAAGCUGGCACUGCACAUUCGAAAAAGAGCCUGAUGUACUGUGUGUACAAAAAUCCUAAAAGACCAUUGUCAUUUCUGAGGGUCAUUCCAAGAUUUGUUAACCUCACAUAGGCUGGCAAGUUGUAUGAUUUACAUUCUUAUCCGCCAAUAUGUUCAGUGUGAUAUUCACUCUUGCCUUUUUUGUCCAUGCCUGUAGUUUCACACCUCUCAGUCUGUAUUGUCUCUGGUCUCUUCUUCACCAAAUUUCAUGACCUUGAACUUGGCAGCUAGUUGCUUCACCAUCCCUGUAACAUCUAAAUCUAGCUGAAGGUCCUCAUUUAUGUACUAAUCUAUAUGUGAUUGCAGGGGUUGAGUUUUAGCGUCUGUAUGCAUGCAGCCCAUCCUCCUAAUCAGUCUGUACUUUACUGUUGCUUAGAUGUGUAACUGACAUUGGAAUGAAAAGUGAUUAUUUGACAGACCUUUUGAGUCCCAUUUUCUGUUCACACUUCAUUAGUUUUUAUCAUGUAUUGCAUUAUGGCACACAAUAAUAGAAAUUUUUAUUAAUAAAUGAUCUAGAAAGACCCAACCUUGUAUAAAUCAAGAAUUUAGCUUUAAAACAGUAAACAAGUUUACACUUUUAGGAGGACGGGCUGGUGUGUGUUAAGAUACAAGUUUGAUUUCUUUAUUGACGAAAUGGCUUCAGUUGUGAUGGAACCUGGUCAGUCUCAUCUCUUAGCUUAACGCAGAGGACAGGAAGUGAGGUGCAGCAGCUUAGAGAUUAGGUCACAGGUAAACUGGGCCCACUAGUAGAAGUAGGUCAUUCUAAACAGUUGUGAGCAAUAGUUUUUUUUGAAGACAUCCCCUGUACUAAGAUGUCAUGAUGUUACUGUGUUACGGGUAUUACAAAUAGUAUACAAUAUGGGCAUAUUGACAUUGCAAGUCUUGUCCAUUAACUUGGCAUUAUUGUAUACCAUAAUACUUGUCUGACACAUCAGCACCAUGGUAUUUUGGUACAGAUGAUGUCUUAAGCUCUAGUUCUAAUGCUGUAGCAUGCCUUGUUUCCACUUCUGGACCCAGUUCACUUGUGACACCUCCUGGCUGCUACACCUCACUUCCUGUUCCAUUACACAAGUUACCUGGCCUCAUGCCUCUGAUUUAGGCUAAGGCUGACCAUCUUGCAUCAACGUUGAGGGAAUGAUUCCAAGAAACUUCCCGUCUCCAGGAUUGUAAUUCGUCUCUGUAUUCGAGACGAAUUACAAUCCUGGAGACGGGAAGUUUCGUGGAAUCAUUCCCUCAACCUUGAUGCAAGAUGGAGACACGAAGUUAUGCAGGCAAAAUAUUUUGUCAAUAAAGAACCUGUGUCGAUGUGCCUGAGAGUCGAGAGAAUUAUGCAUUUAUCAAGAAUUAUUACAUCAGAAAAUAAGUGAGUGUGAAUAUUUGCUUUAAUAUUAAAAAAAAAAAAACUGUCCAGUUUAUGAAUACAUACAUGAACUGUUAAGAUA